AGGAGAGGUGGCCACAGGGGGAUUUGCAGGGAGUCGGGAGGUGGGGGCAGGAAAAGCUGGAGUCUAAUUGAUUUGACGUCCCCAGCACCACGGCUAAUAACAAUAAUAAUUAUACGCCAGCCCUGGCUAAGGGAAGCAGUGGAGGAGAGAGGAAGCAGCCACGAAUCAUGGCCUCUGAGCGCAGUAGCCGGCAGCAGCCAUGUGGCCGACGCAGGGGGUAAACUCCGCGGGGAUGCCAGCUGGUCACCUCCCUUCCAGUCUCUAGGACCGGAUCCUGGCAGCAGCCCUGCUCCUGCCUUCAGGUAGACUGCUGCAGCACUGCUUCUACAUGCCCCCGCACCACGCCAUCCAGGCCUCCUUGCAGCCAGCAAUCAGGUGACACUUCGUUUCUCUUCGAAAUUCCCCAGCCUUCAGACGGGAUUUUACCACCUUCAGUAAUAGGGAGUAAAAAUGACUGUCUUUGACCUCUGGAGAAGGAGAGAAGAAGACUUUGGCUGGGUGAAGUCUGACAGAUGAGAAGCACAAAGCGGCAAUGAUGGAGAAGAUGAAGAGCCCUCACUCGCUUGUUGCCCUGGAGCAGCAGAACCCUCCACCACCAGUCUCCCCCACCCCAAACCCAUCUCCAUCCCGCAGAAGGGAGGAGGCAGAGGCCAGCCCACUCCCUGCCAGCCCUGCCUCAGCCUCUCCUCCACUCAAGGGCAGCCCCCCCUCCGAGCCCUCUGCCCCACUGCCUCACAACGUCCCCGUCAUCAGCCUGGGCCACAGCAAGCACCCUGGCCAUGCUGACGUCUCCACGACUCCGCUCACUGCCUUGCACCCCAUCCCUGGCUACCUGCAGCUCACAGCGCUGCCCACCGGGCCCCCUCCAUCUUCCAUGCCCCUAGCAGGAGUAAGAAGCCCCCUCCUGGCCCCACAGUAUCAGCCCCACCCCUUUCUCAACAGCAUCUACAUUGGCAGCUCUGGGACUUAUGGCCUCUUCCCCAACAACCGCCUCAAGCGCAGGCCAAGCCAUUAUGAACAAGAGAUCACUGAGGGCCAUCAGCCCCAGAAGGUGGCACGCCGGGUCUUCACCAACAGCCGUGAGCGGUGGCGGCAACAGAAUGUGAAUGGUGCCUUCGCAGAGCUCCGGAAACUCAUCCCUACCCACCCGCCCGACAAGAAGUUGAGCAAAAAUGAGAUUCUGCGCUUGGCCAUGAAAUACAUCAACUUCCUAGUCAAGCUGCUGAGCGACCAGGCCAGGUCAGCUGGUGGGGAGCCUCCAGAUGCAGAGGCUAACUGCAACGGGACCCCAAGGACUCCCUCACCACUGGCCCCCAUCAAAUUGGAGCAGGUGCCAGUUGACCCGGUGACUGUGUUGGGGGCAGGCGAGCCACGGUGAUGAACAGCUACCCAUCCAUUGGUGUGACCACUGGCUCCUGCACCUGGACCAGCACCAGCCACACAUCCCGGGCUGAACUGAAUCUCCUUCCAAGGAUGCUUUGUGCUGGGAAGCAUCUGGGACUGAAAGCCAUGGGAUGAUGCUUGGGUCACUGUGACUUUGAGAGGUGGUGUGGGGUGGAUUCAGGGUCUGCCUGUCCACAUGCAGAGAUCAAGAGGGCAAAGCAGCUGAUGCCCAGUGAACCCCGCAAAGCAGCGGGACUUUGGGGAGAAAGGAGGAAGGGACGUUUAUAUUCAUGUUUCCUGCUUGGCUUGCUUCUGGAAAAAACAAAAAGGGGCAGUGCAGCGCUGCUCAGUAGGAGCAGUGCUACAGUUCUGUGGGCUAGAAAGAUCCCCCUUCUCUCCGGUCUCCGGGGGGUGGAGAACUGUCCUCAAGGCAUGCCUGGGCUUCCUCCAUGACCUGGAGUGGGCAACCAGUGUUCUCCAGAUGUUUUGAACGGCUACUUCCCAUCAGCCCCAGUCAGGGAUUAUGAGGUUUGCAACUCAAAACCAUCUGGAGGGACCCAGGCUGCUUGCCCCAGUUCCUGUUUUCCUGCUGCACAGUGAGUGUGGGGUGGCUUCCGAGCCCCAAUUCCAUCCUGUGAAAGCCCAGCAUGGUUGCUUGAGCCUGUACAGAAGGACAGCAUGACAAGCAGGACCGUUUUGUCAUGGGGUGGUGAGGCCCUCAACGCACAGGCUCCACUUUCCCUCGGUGUGGAUCCUUCUUCAUGGGCUCUGGCUGUGCUGCCACUGCAAAGCCCCCUGCCCCGCCCCUGACAGACACCAGAGCUUUCCCUCAACAACUGGGAAGCAGCACUGAGCUUUUAAAAUGGCUAGAGGAGGAGUUAAGUAGCUCCUGCUGCUGCCACUCUUCUGCCCACGACGGCAGGCGAGUCCUAGCAUCUGCCGUGUAGUAUCUAGCUGAACUCCCAUUUACUUGCUUCAGACCGCAGGUGCAGGUUCACAUAAGGGGAGGGGUAAGUCCUCCACGGCGAAAUCUAGCAUGUUAAGGAGAAGACGAGGCUAGAACUCUUCUCCCAGAUGAGCUAAUUUUCUAUGUGUUGAGACCGUUUUUUGCACAUUCCCUCAUGCGAGCAUCCCUGCCUUCCAGCAGCCAUCUGAAAUGGUACAACUCAUAUUCAGGUCCAGCAUUUCAGGAGAGAGAACUAGGCCUCAGAGAUACCCCUUUCUUCAACAUGCAAUGAUGGCUCAACAAUCUGGGUGGGCUGCACUUGAGCCUGGGGUUAGAGGGGUUUUGGAGAGCAUCGUGCAAUGGCUGGGUGAUGCUGGAGCAAUUGCUGUGUCACUCCUGGCAGGCUAACACUUAGCUGGGUGGUGGGGCUACAGUGAGAAGGGGCCCAUGGCCUCCUCAGAAACCCUUCCCUUUCCUGGAAGCUGCAGCCGUUUGUGCUGAGUCAGUAUCCAAACCUACCCAGCUUACUCUGGGCCUCAUGCCAAACCCAAAUGUACCACCCAGCAAUCCAGGAGGGUGGGCGGUCUCAGCUUGUCUGUUAUUAUAUUAAAAAAAAGUUGGUGAAAGGCCUAUUAGGAAGAAGACAAGAAAGACGGGGAGUAUGGCAACAACUGCUCUUUAGCCCCCCACUGGAUCAUCAAAUGAUUGUGCAAUGGGGUUUAUCACUCUCCUCUGGCAUCGCAGUAGGGCUGCAGGAGGACCAGCCCUGCAUAGGCCAUUCAAGGCAUCCCUUCGAGGACUCUCAGGCCCACCUGUGUUCAAGCUGAGACACAUUUAUGGCCCAAAGUGUUCAUGUUCUAUUCAGAGGAAAGUGACAUUCUUAUAUGGAAAUCAAUCCCACAGUCAGAUGAAAAUGCAAACCAAGUCUCUUAAUGCACAAUCUGUUGAUAUUACAAAAUUUUGCUUGGUGUGCAUGCUCUGUUCUGAACCUGGUUUUGAUAGGUUUUGUUUACAAGACUAGAGUUUGUUCCUGCAAGUGUAAAAUCAUAACUUUCAUGGAAAGGAAUAGAUACCAAGAGAAAAGAUAUGGGCAGUAGGGAAGAAAAGCCGGACUAACUGGCCUGCGUGAGGAAUGAGUGUGUGUCUGUGUUCAAAUGGAUAGAAGGGAUAAAAGGAAACCAUUCAGCAUACUGGAAUGUUGCCUUCUGAGCACUGGGGAUUGUGGCUUACAAUGCUGACAAAUCAUACUGGAACAUGUGUCUAAAAUAAUGAUGACUGGAAACCUGUCGUGUUACUUCCAGACAAGCAGUUCAGUUAGCAUGCAGCAGCAACUUGCACAUCGUAGCUACUGUGGCUUUUGUUGGGAUGUAUGCUUCUGUUGGCCGCAGCCUUUAGAUCAGGCAACAUGGAGUCCUCUAGAUGUUUUGGCUUACAGUUCCCAUGAAUGCCAGUCAGCAUAAAGUUGCCCACUCCUGCUUUAGAUGCAUGAACAGUUCCUCAAAAAUCCUGUUUAUGCACUAGAACUAUCCUAAUUAUUUGCUACGACUCCAAAUGUACAAAGAAAAAUGACCCAAGCAGUAUCCACCACAGCCAACUGGGUGCCUUCCAGAUGUGCUGGAUUAAAACUCUCAGAAUCCUCAGUCAUGUCUAGAGGGCGCCUGGCUGGGGGAGACUGCGCUAUUUAUUGCCUUCUUGGCCGCAUCGGUUUUUUUAGCCACACUACUGGUGUGGUCUAGCAGUUUCUCCCCCAAUUCCACCUUCUCACUUGUGAGGAAUAACAAUUCCAUUUCUUUUCUCAGCCACCUAUCUCAUUGGUCCGUCAGCCAUGUGAUGUUGAUUUUUCUACCUACCCAUUUAUCUUGAUGUUUGUUACAUGCUCCUAUUCUGUCCAUAAGGAAUCCAAGGUGUCUCUUCUUCAGCUACCUUUACCGUUGGUUUUGAGAAACUGAUCAGAUGGGGAUCUUUCACCAUCAUUUUAAAGGCUGACUGGACAUUUCAAAGACUUUUUGGAGUGCUGCCAUCACAAUGUUUGUAUGCCAACAAAAACUUCCCUUGAAUUUCUUUGCCAUACGAAAGGCAGAGGGUGAAACCUUGCUAGAGAAAGCUUAGGAGCCCUAAGAUUGAUCAAAUGAAGCAAAUCACAACAGGUCCGGUGCACUGGAUCUUGCCACAACCAGAGAACUUGGGGAAGGGUUAAAAGGGAUUUGCACAGGAGAACUUUCUGGGGGAUUCUGGUCUAAUGAUAUGAUCAAAAUUCCAAGGCAUUGGGUGGGCUGAAAAAUGUUGACUGGUGCAAGCUCUGUGGAGGUAGGGAGGAAGAAAACACAUAUGGUCACUUUUAAUAGAUGAAGAUUCUCUCACUAUCAGUAGUGAGAUAGAAAUAUUUUUAGAACAAGGAGCAGUAUUUGAUAGCUUAAUUCAGAGCAUUUUUAGAGAGCUCAGAAUGAUCAGUUUCUGUCAGAUAUGGUGGCAAACAGGAAAGGAUUUUAAAGCACACCAAAUCAAUUUUAAAUUGCCAUUUUUUUCAAACAGGCAACUGAAAGCAUGAUUUCAUCAGUAAAAAUCAUGGCAAGUGGAUUGGGGGUAGGAGUGUCAGUACUUUCCAGAGGUUCCUUAUUUGGGGCUUACAUUUGCCUUAAUUGAUUAAUAAUAUUUUGACUAGUGCACCCCCUGCCCCACUCCCACAAAUUCUCUGACUUUCUCAGGACAUAUCAAUGGAGGCUUUGGCAUAGUCUUCUCUUUAUUGUGCGCUUAAGUUGCUCCUUCUCAGGACCAAACAAGCUGUUUAAAUGGAGAUGCAUGCAUGCAAUACAACCCUGGCAGCUUUUGUUUUUUGUUUUAAGUGGAAAGACUAUGGGGGAAAAGAGGAAAUGUAUCAGAUGGCCAGCAUUUUCCUGCACUACAUCAACCUACAUGACUCCACCCCUUCUCACCCCUACAAACACACCUUUGGAAUUCCAUGGGGGAAAGUCUCUGCAAUUUAAGUGUGGCUGAAGUCUUUCAUCCCAUUGUGUGUCUGAACUCUGUGUGUGGUUACAGCAUGUGCCUUUGUGCUGUCUGCUGUUCAUAAGCCAUGAUUUCCCAUGGCCUGCCAGCUCAUAGAUUCAUAGAAUAGUAGAAUCAGAAGGGGCCUUCAUUGGGUCCAACCCCCUUUUGGUGCAGGACGCCAAGUGACACCAUCCCAAUCAGAUGACUCUCCAAUUUUCUCUUGAAUAUCUCUAGUGUGGGAGAGCCCACCACCUCUCUAGGCAACUGGUUCCACUGUUGCAUUGUUCUGAUAGAAAGAUUUUUCUGCUGUCUAGCCUGAAUCCACUGUGCUGCAGCUUAAGUUUGUAGUUCAGUGGCCUACUCUCAGGGGAGUGAGGUGUUUUCCUUCCUCUUUGUGUCAGCCUUCGAGGUACUUGUAGGGUGCUAUCAUAUCCCCUCGUAGUCUUCUUUCCUGAGGCCUAACCUCUCAUUGUAGGGCUUAGUUUCCAGACCCUGAAUUAUCUGUUACCCCCCUCUGAAGUCUUUCUAAUUUUUCUGCAUCUUUUAAAAACCUGGGUGCUCAGAACUGAAUACAGUAUUCCAGGUGAGGUCUGACUAGUUCAGCAUAAAGUGGAACUAGUACCACUCAUGUUCUGGAAGUGAUAUUUAUGCAUCCCAAAAUAUCAUUUGCCCUUUUUGUGGCUGCAUUGCUGGCUCAUAUUUAGCUUGUUGUCCACAACAACUCCAAGGUCUUUUUCUUUUUCAGUGCCAUUGAGCCACAUAGCAAAGAAACAGGACUCUCACUGGCCUGGUGCAUGAAGCAGAGUUUCUCUGUGAACAAGUCAUUGAGCCACGAAGAGAACAGCAUUCUUUCCCUUUGCAUGCCCUCUAUUUUGCAGUAGCUGUCUUAUACAGAACCAGGCCUUUGGCCCGUCUUAGUAUUGUCUAGCUUAGCCUUGCCCAGCCUGGUGCUCUUCAGAGAUUUUGAAUUAAACCUCUUAUCUUUCCUGACCAUUGGCCACCCUGGUUAAGUCUGAUUGAAUUCCAACACUCCUGGAGGGCAGUAGGUUGGGGAAGGUUUGGCCACCAAGGUUGGAGGCUUCUGAGGUUCUUUUAGUGGCAGAUGCCAGUAAAUACAUCGUGGGCCUUCUGCAAGCAGCACUGAUGUCCUCCCAUUUUGAUACGGGUCCUUUCUGUUUGAAUACGAAUCUGUUUAGCUUCCUUCUACUGAUCCUUCUUCAGCAUGGUCUCUGUACAUCACACCGGUGGGCUUUGCUGUAUAGCUCAAGACUUGGAUUGAAGACAAACUUCCAUAGCAAAAUAUCUUAUACUGAUCCAUCUCCUCUAGUAUUGCAAAUUCCAAUGCAGAGGUGCUCCUGACCUUGCUACCUGAGAUCCUGUGAAAUGCAGGCAUUAUGGAUGGGAUCACAGAACGCCAGCACACAUGACAGGCUUGCUGCUGCGGAGCUUCUGCGUCUCAGAACGUACCCAGACUGUGCUCAGCCAAGCAGCCAGUCUAGUGCAAGAUGCAUGGCUCACCUUCAAAGCAAUCCCGAGUUGUGACAUCUGUGUGAAUCUGAACAGACAAUCAAGGCAGGGGCACUUCUUGCCACCACAAGCCAACCUUUAGAGGUUGUACAUUGUACAACAAGAGUCAUUGUACAAUGACUGAGCAUGACCAAAUUAUACCAUUAAAUGUGUACUGGCACCAAAGCACUUCUCUCUACAUUAAAAAAGGCACUGGCAAGGGAAGCAGGGAGGAUGGGUUGGGAGGAUGGGUAAGGUAUAGGGAAGGAGGCUAACCCCAUUCCCUGUGCUAUUUUCCAGAUGAGCCAUCAGCAAGGUUGCUGUUUGCCAGCAAAGGAAACUAUUUGUGUCCAUAGCAGCAGCUUUCCGAAUGCGAGCAACAGCUUUGGGUGAUUGUGUGGUUAUGCUUAUUGGGGAAAUGGCACAGUGGGAAAGGGUCAAGAGCUCUUACAGCAUGCUGCCAAUCUUGAGGAGGGAGGGGUUCUGCAUCUUCCUUUGAAUAUAAGACAUGAAAGUAUGAGCAUAUAUUCUAGCCCAACACAUCUAAAUGGCACCAGGCUGGGAGAGGCCAGAUACCACAGCAGCGGGGGUUGGUGUUGCAGUGGUUGCAAUGCUACAGAGGGGCAGCUACAGAAGUGGGAAAGUGGACUGGGGAGGAUUUGAGCAUGGCCUGCGUGGGAUCUGUGCUCAUUAGGGUUGCAUCACAAACACAGAGCAGACCCUUGGUCUUGCUGGAUCAGGAGAGAAGAUACCUUUGUAGUGUAAGUCCUGGCAAAGUAUGCCAGUGGGGCUGAAAAACUCCAGUGGUGGGCUGGCAAAGUCCUUGCCUAAAUGUAGAGUGCGUAUGCAAGGCACAGAGCCAGUGAGGGCGAGAAGGUUACAAGGCCUCCCCUCCACCAGACUUUGUGAGCAACAGCUACUGGUUUUUGGGAAGACCCAGUGUACACUGCAGCCCAAGACCCGCUUCAUCACCGUGUACACAAGCAUACCUGCAAAUACAUUUUGAGGUAAAUGGGAACUUGGUCAGGGUUGUUGUCUCAAGCCCUGGCCGAAGGCAGCCUGUGCACAUGGCUGGAUGACUGGGGACAGCGAGGAGGGAUGAUGCUCAGUCACAUCACCAGUUCACUCACACAUCAGACAUGUUCAGGAUGGAGGGAAGGCUUAGUGGCCAUUCAUCUCUCAAGAAAGCCAAAAAAGACAGUUACAGUCAAUAACAUUCUUUAAUUCAAUCAGUUAAAGAAGGUGCUGCAUCUAUAAACUUUUAUUAUGGAAAAAUUGUAAUUAACACAUGCGUAUUACACCCCGCUCGGAGAGUGGCACUUGGGGAGGGAGGGGUAGUGCCGAGGGCUGACUGGGAGAGGGGAGGGGGCUGGAGGAGCUGGCCCACCACAUCACGGCAGCUGGUUCCCUUCUUGGGGUGUGGGUGAGCAAACAUGAUGGGGAAAGCAGUAUGAAAGCUGAUUAGCAGAGGGUGCCUUUUCAUAGGCUUAACUACCCUCUUAUGUGUAAAACUUGCAGGCAGGGUGGGAGCAGAAAGCAGGGGGCAUGGUUUGUAAUGGUGGGAGGGGCUACCCUGAGCCCCACCUGGAGGCGGUUUGAUUGCAAUCUCUGUAAACAUCUUUUGUUCACAUUUCUGAAGCUGAUGCAUAAAGUUUGAUUGAUUUCUC